ACUGCUGCAUUAUUAAUAUAUUGAUAUUUCUCAUGCAUCAGAAUGUGUAAACAGCAUCUGACUGUUGUAUUUGGUUUAUUUUAGGAUAAAUAAACUGCUUUAAUUUCCCAGCACGGCGUCGCUAAAUAGGUUCAAGUGUUCUUGAGGUGAUUAAUGGGAGAAAGGAAGAAAAAAAAACAAACAAAUCUUCAGUCUCCCAUCUCUGCAUUGCUGGAUAGCUCUUUGGGUAUGACAUUUUCGUUGAGCUCUUUUGUGGGUUUGAAUGGGAAAAUCACUUAAAAGUAUAUUUUCAGGCCAAAACAAACAAAACAUCACAUCUGACUGAAUGAAUGAACCAGUUAAGAAACAGUUUAUCAUAUUUUCCACACCGUUUUUGUUCAUUGCUGAAAUUCUUUAAGUGGGUGAAACAUUAAUACAUGAAUUCUUAUUCUAUUUUACAACUUCUACCAAAAUCAAGUGAGAAAUAUGAUAAUUGUGUUUGGAAAUUAACGAGAGGCAAAGAGGAAAAUUUUUUAGUAACAGUAACAGUCAAUCAGUGUAUAUUUCAAUUAAAUGUAGAGUGGAACUAUAAAUGGGAAAUAUUCAAAACUGGACUUAAUCUCGUCUCAUCUUCCGUACCGUUUAACCCUCACUAGAGUCGUGGGGGUUGCUGGAGCCUAUCCCAGCUGUCACUGGGCCCAUCACAGGGCCACUGGACUAAACCAAAAAUAUAAUUUAGAGGCCACUUCCUGUUGAUUUAUUGUGGAGGAGCUUUUCUCAUUAGUGAAUGCCAAUUAUCAGCUCUCUUCUCCUGUCUAUAGUCCAUAUUGCCAGCUCGCUGUGCAUCGAUAAUGACCGUUCACGGGCUGCUUGCUCCCCAAAGAAGCGAUUGAGAAGGUGUUUAUUGUAUGCCUGUGAGGCUAGGGUCAAACUCAAAACCAUGUCUAUUUUAGCUGAAAACACACACACACACACACACACGGGAGUAAAGCUCCCAUCAGCACAAUAAUUGUGAAACAAAGAGAAAUGUUAAGAUAUGUUUACAGCAGCUCCUCGCACACUUUCACACUUGAACACACACACAAUCGCACAGGCAUGCGGAGAGGGCCCCAGUUUACUCAGAGCAAAUUGGAAGGAUGUAAAAAUGACGACGAGCUUAUUCAGAAAUCUGCCCGUGUUACAAAGCAAAAGCAAGAGCAGGGAGUUCUGUGAUGACUCGAAUGGACACAUUUCAUUUAAGAUGCAGCAAACCCAGAGUAAAUAGCAGUGGAAUUGGGACUGAUAGCAAGCAAUGUAUUGGAAGAUUUGAAAUUCAGACCUUACGCAAUGAGUGAAAUCACAAAAAAGUCACAUAUAUGAAAGUCUAAGAACAAUCUGGACAACUUGUAGUUAUAGUGAAAUCUCCCCAAAUUGGAGGCCAGCCACUGGACACGGCUUCACUCUGAUUGGACUUCACUCAGAGACGCACGGACAAAAUGUCUACAGCAAUAGACACUGACAGCUGGACAGCUGUGGCUGAAAGUGAUCAAAAAAAGUACUUCCUUUGGUGGAAGGAAACCUGACAGCUGCCGUUGGUUGCGCCUUUUCAAGUCUGGCAGAUAUUAUCUCAUCAUUAAUGUAUGAAGUUGUCUGGGUGUAAACAUGCUGAUGUUAGCAUUCUGAUCGAAGCACUGCUGUCACUAACAAACAAAUUUCUUUCAAGAUGUCACCUAACCUGAACUUUAGCCUUCAGCGUGAACGGUUUCACGUAUCUCUCUUCCCAGCCAACAUGUCCGUCCCCAUGGCAACAGACAUUUACCCAUCCAUCGACUGGCUGACUGGCGUCUCUGAGACACCCAUGGGGACAAAUGUCACGGAGUGGGAGCGUGACACCCUGCUGGCGGUGGCCGAGGUGGUGGUGCUAGCGGCCAUUUUGAUGAUGGCGCUGUUCGGCAACGGGCUGGUGCUGGUGGUGCUGCUGAGGCGGCGGAAGCACCACAACCCGCUGCACCAGUUCAUGCUCAACCUCUGUCUGGCCGACCUGGUGGUGGCGCUGUUCCAGGUGCUGCCCCAGCUGGUGUGGGACGCCAAAGGCCAAUUUCCUGGCCCGGAUUUCUUGUGUCGUCUGGUGAAAUACCUUCAGGUGCUCGGGAUGUUCGCCUCCUCCUACAUGAUCGUGGCCAUGACAGUGGACCGUCACUACGCUAUCUGCUGCCCUCUGCUGGCGCACCGCAGCGUAGCCACGCAGCGCUGGAACACCUUCAUAGUCCUGGCCUGGGUAUUGUCGCUGCUGCUCAGCCUGCCGCAGGUUUUCAUCUUCUCUCGUUCUGAAGUGGCUCCGGGCGUGUAUGAAUGUUGGGGAAGCUUUGCAGAGACCUGGGGCCUCAAAGCCUACGUAACCUGGAUGACCCUGGCCGUCUUCAUCUUCCCCGUCCUCAUCAUCACUGUCUGUCAGGUGCGCAUUUUCAAAGAGAUUCAUAACAAUCUGUAUCUGAAGUCGGAGCGCCGCCUGUCCCCCACAUCUCUCCCUCCAUCCGGGCGAGACAGCCAGAGAGGAGCAGCAGCAACAGAAGGAGGAGGAGGAGGCGGGAGGGGGAGGUCCAGUCUCCCCAUCUACGUUUCACCCCUCAUGUUCAACAACUCUGAGAGUCAGCCCAGUUUUGAGCCUGGAUCCACCUACCAGCAUCUGCCAAUGGGUCCGCUCAGGUCCAGCAGCAUCCCAUCACACUGUGAAAUUCACAGCUACUCUGCAGUUCACCCUGCCGACCUGCAGCCUGACACCACAGCGCCCUCUGCAGGCUGCUCCGCCCACCUACAGAAAGGGACCCCGGGCCGAGGUGGAGAGGGGUUAGCGGCCAUGUCGAAGACAGUGAGGAUGACUCUGGUGAUCGUGCUGGUCUAUUCGCUCUGCUGGGCCCCGUUCUUCAGCGUCCAGCUGUGGGCCGCCUGGGACCCCGAACCACCUCUGGAGGGUGCAGCGUUCACCCUGCUCAUGUUGCUGGCCAGUCUGAACUCCUGCACCAACCCCUGGAUAUACUCGGCCUUCUCCAGCAGCGUGUCCCCGGAGCUCCGGCUGCUGCUGCUCUGCCGGGGACGCACUCAGCGCCGGGACUCCCUCCCGAGCGACUCCACCGCCACACACACCUCCAACUACUGAACAAUGUACAGCACAACGACUACACUGUGACACUAUGUCGUUUGGCACAUAAACACGCACACACACACACACGACUGUUCUCGUUAAUGGAUGAGUCAGUCUGGCUUUAAUAACUCACUUGUUAUUACCGGGAAUUAGCCGAGGUCACUGUUAGCAGGGGGCUCUCAAGUCAACACGCCGCACAUUUUUUAAACACAGACUGUAUACAGAAUAGAUUAGCAAUCUGUGGAUGGAUGAGGCGAAGGCAAACUCAAUCAGCGACCUAUCAGCCAACCAGAAAAUAGGAUUUCUUGUUGCCAGGUGAAAUAGCAGCGCCACAAUACGCGCUGUAUUUUCUGUCCUCAGAGUCUUAAGUAGAACAGUUCGUUUGGUUUAAGGGAAUUUGUCCUUUAUAAGGUUAUUAUACUAAUAGUUAUCCACUUCAUCCGCGCCCGCUCCAAAACAAAACAAACAAACAAAAAACAAAGAAAAACUAAAACGUGAGCCCGCUGUUAGCUUAGCAUAGCUGGAAACAGACCGAAACAGACUGUGCACAAAGACCGUAAACCAGUACAGUUUGAGUUUCUCAGUUUGUGACUGAUCGUUGGUGGCCGAUGAACUGAAUAUAUCUAUGUGACCUGAAGGCCAGAAGUACUAGGUUAUUAACAGUUAAUUUGGUUUCAAUCGAGAGAUUUAGUGUCGUUAGGUGAAUUUUUCUCCCGCGAGGCUCCAGUCUUCCAGGUUAGCUCCCAUAGCUAAAGGGUUGUUAGCAUUACUAUUUACUGUUACUAUUUAACAGGCGCAUUUCCCACGAUGUUCAACUGAUCUCCAACUAUAAGGGAUCGUUUAGAUUUUAACUGCUGUAAGGCAUUUUUUUUCAUAAUGUGCCAUUAUUGUAAAUGCACCAUUCCUGUAAUUUGUACAUAAAUCCAAACAUUGUUCUUUUUGUUUUAAAAACAGUUUAUUCAUUCUCACUAGUCAUACAAACAUCACACAUACAAACAUAAAAACAUCCACUGCAACUAACUGAAAAAAAAAAAACUUUUUUUCUCAACAUAAAAUUAUUUGAUCUUUUUUUAUAUAUACAAAACACUAGGAUGUGCUGGGGCAAUAAGUACCAUUUUUAAACCCCCUGCACCAGAAAAUAUUAACCUAAUUUUCGAUGAAACAGGAUUUUUUUUAAAUAUACGCAGUAUUGUGCCACCUUUAUUCAAAUUCUUGUCUCAAAGGCAAAAUAACAGAAGUUUUCAGUCAAUUUAUGAUCAGAAUCAGCCUAGUGAAUAACAGUAUAAUACUGUAAAUGGUGUAAAUGAAUGGAAUUUAGGGUUUAGAGCAGUGGGAUGUGGACACAGAGAAAGCAAGUCUGUCUGCAGAUCAUCUCUUUCCCCUGAAAGAAGACCAGUGACCUCAAGAGAUUUGCUUUAGAUUCAAGUAUUUGGACAGGUGGACACUUGAUGACAGAGAAAGUAGUUUCCCAUUGGUACCAUGAGUACCUUUAAAAGUAACACACAAGCUGACGUGCAUUAAAAAUCAAAGAGCGUUUACUCUUUGAGUUACACACUGUGAUUAACUGUUUUGAAGACUACAGGGUCCCGACAGGUGAGUGUAAAUUAUUGUUGAGGACUGUCUAUGCGUGAUUUUGUUACACUCUGGAUCAAUAAAAUGUCUAUUUACCUACUCUGAUCACUUCCUGAUUGAAAGCAGAGCUGCAGCCCUUCCUGCUGUGAAGUCAUUAAGUUGUGGCUGUAUGAAUGGUUACACAUUGCACUCCGUAUGCAGCUUUGGAUCUUGCUUCUGUGACCGAUGCAUGACCAACACAAAACAGGACAGUCGGUGUCUUGGACCUUGAAAAUGAUUUUUUUUCACAGCCAUAAUCAUAACAACAACAGUGCAGACAUGCCUGCAGCCAGUCAGAGAACUGGUGAAGUGCUCCUCUAGUUUUAUUUGCCUGAGCAACUCUCACUGUCGUCACAGCCAACAACAGUGUGCACUUAACUCAAUACUGUAUCAUAGCACAGGUCAGCACUCUGCCAUGGGUCACAGUCAAUUCUAACUUCACUUCAUUUUAACCGUGAGCUAAAGCAAUCAUAGUCCUCAAAAAAAUCCUCUCACAACUCUCGGGCCCCAUAGACACAUUUGGUAAUGAUAUAAUAAUUUCAUACAAACAAAUUGAAGCAGACAGUGUAAAUGUGCACCGUCACCAAUUAAAUUAAAUAGAAAACAUGAAAUCUGCAUCCCUGGUAUUUGCCUUGCUGCUUCAACCACUCGCAGGACAUUUUCUCUGUGAAGACGGAAAUACUAGAGCAAAUGACUGAAGUAGUGUUCCCCUACAGAAACAUUUCCAUCUUCCAUUAAAUCUGGGGUUUCUUCAGAUUAUAAAGGAUUAAGCGCAUCAUGUUAAUUAACAACAAGAAAAGACCAAAACUAUAUUUGUGUUAGUCCAUCUUUCAAUACUUUGUGGCUUCUUCACAACGUGUCCGGCUCUCGUCUCUCAGCGAAUUUGUUCUCGAAAUUUAUUAAACAGCUCACACCUCCACACGUCUUCCGUCCCCUCAGAUUUAUACCGAAGCAAAAGCUUCCCAGAGAUGUAUCAGAUACUCCUGCUGGCAGUGACCCCAGUCACCGGUCAGCGGGUAUCUGUUACAGACUUGAACGAAGUAGCUCUGAUAUGUCACAUUUUGUUCUGAUUAGAGAUAACCUGCAGGACGUGGCCAUACUGCAGCGGUUGCAUUUCAGACACAUGAAAUGAUGAAACGCUUACAUUAACACGCAUUUCAUUUCAUCACAAUCAUUCAAUAAAACAUUAAAAACCAUUAAAAAGAUUGAGCUAAAAUAGAUUUUUUGGGGGUUUGUAGAAACUGAUAUCUGAAAAAUUGUUAUUCACAAUUUAAAAAAAAAACAACAGAGCACAUUAUGACCCAAUACAAUUGUGUGCAAUUUCUUUUUUUUUUUUU